AUGCAGAUCCCAAACAGACUCACCAAAGGCGCAAAAGUCGCAAACAGUGCAAUCCCUUCCGGAUCGUCUUCUUCUGUUGUCCCUGAGAAGCGCAACAAAGCCCCGAAGCCAAAGUCUAUUCAGAUCAAGUUCGUUCGUCUGCGAUCGGCCACAGCUGACGUUACCAUCUUGGCCUCUGGAGCCACAUUCAACCAUGUCAAGCUCACGAACUCCACUUACGCUGAUGGUACAAACCAACAAGUAGCAUCAUACCCAUUCCAAACCAAUGGCUAUGAUUUCGCCCGCCACUUCGCCGAUCGCAUGUCGACUCCAGAUCGAGUGAACUUCUUAUCGAAGCACUGGAUCGAGAUAGUCGUCGUCGUUGGGUCAAAUCCUUCCGCCCUUCUUGCGCAAAUGUACAAACUCGGCCCAGACUUCGCCCACCACGUCAAGAAUCUCGACGUCAAGAUUCAACUUCCGCCGUUGUCUCAGAUCAACACACCUCUGAACCUCAUCUCUGCUUCUCCAGGAUACAAGCUCGUCGAAGAGAUCGCCGCUGAAGUGGACACAUACACAGCCUUGUUGAAGUUGAACGUUGUCCUUUCGAUGCCUCAUACGUUUGCGAGAGGUAUGCAUGACUCUCAACUGAGUCAUGUGCUGCCUUUCUAUCAAGUGGCGUUCACGAAGUGGACUUUUAAGUACCAGACGCCCGGCAUGCGCUUCCCGGAUAUUAGUCCAAAGGGCGACUUGGAACGUCUGGGUCAACUCAACGACAAGGCUACGCUGGGUAAUCAGGAUGGUCAGGAUGAGAUGUGA